ACCCGCAGUCAGCAGUGACAGAUCCUAAACGUGGACCGUUUUUGAUCUCCCGUUCCGCCGCGGUUCCGAUGUCGUCGACGUAAACAGUGAUCCGAUCGGGUUUUCGGUAAUGUUAGGAUAGUAAAAUGAUAUUUUUAGUCUCGAAUCGACGCUGUGUCCCUUGCCUCCUCGUGUGACCGCGGAAAUAAGUGGUAGCUUUGUAGAUUAAAGUGUUGUAAAAGUCGCAAAACUAGAAAAAAUAAAGAUCCAGUGAACAUGAAGCUGGUUUACAAGAAUGUAGACAAGUUUGGUGACGGGAGCAUCGUCCUAAUUCCGGAGGAACCGGAGGACAUGUGGCACGCCUACAAUCUGAUUGCCGAAGGAGACCAGGUUCGCAGCAGCACCAUCAGAAAGGUUCAAAAUGAAACGGCCACUGGAUCGACAUCCAGCAGCAGGAUGCGCACCAUCUUGACCAUCAGCGUCGAGACUAUCGAUUUCGAUACCCAGGCCCAAGUGCUUCGUCUCAAGGGUCGUAACAUUGAGGAGAAUCAGUUUGUCAAGAUGGGCGCCUACCACACGUUGGACCUGGAGCUGAACCGGAAGUUCACCCUGACCAAAAGACUUUGGGACUCGAUCGCACUGGAGCGCGUUGAAACGGCGUGCGAUCCGACACAGAGUGCCGACGUGGCGGCCGUAAUCAUGCAGGAUGGGCUGGCCCACGUUUGUCUGAUUACGUCCGCGAUGACGCUGGUGCGCAGUAAGAUCGACGUGUCGAUUCCGCGCAAACGGAAGGGAAACGUAGCCCAGCACGAGAAGGGACUGGCCAAGUUUUACGAUUCGCUCAUCCAGAGCAUCAUUCGGCACGUGAACUUUGACGUCGUAAAGUGUGUGCUGCUCGCGUCACCGGGCUUCGUUAAGGAUCAGUUCUUCGAGUAUAUGUUUCAGCAGGCGGUCAAGACUGAUAAUAAGGUGCUACUAGAAAAUAAAGGAAAAUUCAUGCUCGUUCACUCAUCCUCCGGCUUCAAGCACUCGCUCAAAGAGGUCCUCCAAGAUCCCGCCGUGGUGGCCAAGAUGUCCGACACGAAGGCCGCCGGCGAGGUCAAAGCGCUGGAGCAGUUCUACACGACGCUGCAGUGCGAACCGGCCAAGGCGUUCUACGGCAAGAAGCACGUGCUCAAGGCUGCCGACGCCCAGGCCAUCGAAACGCUGCUCAUCUCGGACAAUCUGUUUCGGUGUCAAGAAGUGGCCACCCGGAAAGAGUACGUUCAACUGGUGGACUCGGUGCGCGACUCGGGCGGCGAGGUGAAAAUCUUCUCGAGCAUGCACGUGUCCGGAGAACAACUGGCGCAGCUGACGGGUGUGGCCGCCGUUCUGCGCUUCCCGAUGCCCGAGCUGGAGGACAGCGAGGACGAGCAGAGCGAUUCCGACUCGGAUUAGUUUUAAGUAUCGUAACAUAACUCACGUUUUACCACAAUACUAGGGCGUUACAUUGAGCGCGCGCGACGAAAUAGUUAGGGACUCUACUUAAGCGAUUGAUAUUUUUGGAACUUUACCUCUUUUUCUCCUUCGGACCGUAAUUUAUUAUGUAUUGUUACUCGCAGAGGGCUUUUUUGGUUGACUCUAUAAAGUGUUCUCGCUACUUAUCAAAAUUACAUGCAAACUAUCCAUAAGUUAAAUGUGUGGCUAAAUCAGGUGUAUUUGUACAUAUUUGUUAGAAAACGAUUACUUUUAGCAAGCAAAAACAAUUCAAAUCUGAUACAAUAAACGAUGCAAUCGAUAGAAUUAAA